AUGAAUACAGAAGAAUUUCGUAGGAAAGGUUGUGAAAUGAUAGACUACAUUGCAGAAUUCCAAAAAUCGAUUGCACUUAGAAGAGUGACUCCUACAGUACAGCCAGGAGAUGUACGAAAAUUGCUGCCACGAAAUGCUCCUCAAAAAGGCGAAAAGUGGGACGACAUCAUAAAAGAUAUAGAAGAAAUAAUAGUGCCUGGAAGUGUUCACUGGAAGCAUCCACACUUUUUUGCCUAUUUUCCAGCUGGUUGCUCUUUCCCAUCCGUUCUGGCAGGCAUGUUGUCCAACUUAACAGGUGGCUCAGUAUCUUCUUGGUCUUCCAAUCCUGCUGCUACUGAUUUAGAAAUGAUCGUUUUGGAUUGGUAUGCAAAGUGGCUAGGACUUCCUCAAAAGUUCAUGCGAUUUUCUGACGAAAGCAAAGGAGGAGGGGUGAUUCAAAACUCAACUAGUGAAUGCACAUUGGUCAACAUGAUGUCCGCACGACAUUUGGCUAUUCAGAAGUUAAAGCUGAUGAACCCCAACGACAGUGAAGGUGUCUUGUUAUCUCGCCUCGUUGCUUAUUGUUCAGAAGAGUCUCACUCUAGCGUAGAAAAAGCAGCUAUUAUAGCACUCGUAAAAAUGCGUAUUCUUGAAACAGAUGAAAGGUUCUGCUUGAGGAGUAAAAUUUUAGAAUAUGCCUUCGAAGAAGACAAGAAGAAAGGACUGAUCCCCUUCUUUGCCAUCGCUAACUUUGGAUCCACAAGUUGCUGUGCAUGUGAUCCUCUGCAUGAACUUGGUCCACUUUGCGAUAAAUACGACGUUUGGCUCCAUGUUGAUGCUGCAUAUGCGGGAAGCAGUUUGAUAUGCAAAGAAUUUAGGUAUUUAAUUAAAGGCAUAAACUACGCAAAGUCCAUCACUGUGAAUCCAGGCAAAUGGUUUUUGAUAAACAUUGACUGCGCACUUAUGUGGAUUGAAGACCGUCGUUUACUCACAGAUGCACUUGUUCCUGGUUCGUUCGAAGUUUCGGAUUUCAGCAAAGAAUUUGACUUCUGCCAUUGGGGCAUUCCGAACAGCCGACGUUUCCGAGCGCUAAAGAUUUGGCUUGUUCUUCGAUAUUACGGAAAAGAAGGUAUGCAGCGUUACAUCCGCAAUCACGUAGGACUUGCGAAAGAGUUUGAAAAUCACAUUAGAUUAGAUGGCCGAUUUGACAUUGUAAAUGAAGUGAAUUUCGGUCUCGUGUGCUUUCGGUUAAAAGGUUCUAACAUGUUGAACAAGGAAUUGUUGAGCAAUUUAAACGCAUCUGGUAAGUUACAUAUGACAGCUUCUUCGGGUAAGGGUUUAUAUUUCACAAGGUUUGCCGUCUGCAUGCAAAAUGCAAUAUCUGCGGACAUAAUGUAUGCCGUGAAACUUGUGACAGAUUUUGCAGAUGAACUGUUAUGCUUGCACUAG